AUGGAUUAUUCCACUCGUUUGUCUACCACCACUGGUACCCCCUUAUCAGAUCCUUCUGCUUAUCGUAGAUUGAUUGGUCGCCUCAUCUAUCUCACCACAACACGCCCUGACAUCACUCAUGCAGUUCAUCAUCUGAGCCAAUUUAUUUCUGCUCCUACCACGGCUUAUUCACAGGCUGCCUUUCAUAUUUUGCGAUAUUUGAAACAAGCUUCUGGCUUGGGAAUUUUCUUAUCUGCAACCAGCUCUCUUCAACUAAAGGCGUUCAGUGAUUCAGAUUGGGUUGGUUGCCUUGACUCUCGACGUUCAAUCACUGGGUUCUCUGUUUAUAUUGGUGAUUCUCUCAUUUCCUGGCGUUCAAAGAAGCAACGCACUGUCUCUCGAAGUUCGUUUAAGGCUGAGUAUCGCGCACUUGCUGCCACCACUUGUGAACUUCAAUGGCUUGCUUAUCUUCUUGCUGAUCUUCGUGUUUCUCUUCAACGUCCGUCUCUUCUUUAUUGUGAUCAUCAAUAA